GAUUGGUCAAUUAAUUUCACACUAUAUGUGGCUUGAAUCGCGAUAGUUUCUGUCUUUGUUGUUUGCUCAACUUUUCAAAUUAAGCACACUUCUAACAUAAACCCACAGGAGGUGUGAUGCAUUGGAGAAAUCAUUUGUUGUGUUUCUUUAUGACUCUUCUAAUGUCCUUCAAACUCUGUAAAGCACGAGCCGAUGAAGAGGAGGAGAGGAAGGUGGAAGGUGCUCAUGUCCUGAGUCACGUGGAGUCUGGUUCAACUUUCGCAUCUGCGGUUUUGCCUCGACCCGGUUCACUUAAGUUUAAACAGGAACACCAAGUGUCUCAACGUGAUUUGGCUGCAAAACUAAAGCUAAUGAAUCCAUCAGUUCAAUGUGGCAACGACCGGAUGACCCUGACAGUCAAACGGGCUAGAGCUUCACAUUUUCUAGUGGAUACUGGUGAAGAGCCUCUGACCCCCCUUGCUCAGAUGCCGUCUACAUGUGGCUUCUCUGUGAGGAGAUCUCGCCGAGAUGUGCAGUAUGCUGCAUCCUAUCAGAGCUGUCAUGUCAGCAAGGAGGAUAGCGAUUACGUCCUACCGUUGCUUUUUCGGGGGGCUCCUAUGACCAUGUCUUGCCCCAACAUGCUGACGUCACCCGCUGUUGUCUGCUUCCCAUCUAAGAUGGUGGUGAAGCUUGGUGGAGUUGCAGCAAAGGAUCUCAAACUAAAGGUGUCUGGAACAUGGCAGCCUUUAUCAUCAGCCUGCAGCAGCUGUGGAGUGACUUUUAAAGAGGUGUCUGGAGAAGUGGCUCUGAUUGUACCAUACAGCAGAGACUUGUGUGUAGAGAUGAAGGAUGGGGAGUACUUCCUUUCUCUCCAGUGGGCAGAUUUUGAGCUCCUAACCACAUGCCCUCCGGUUCCAAGCACAGACUCUACAACUGAAACUGCACCACCUAGUGGCAACAAUAAGUUCCAGCAUCAUCCUCAGCACCCUUAUAUGCAACAGUUUGCUCAAAUCGAGCAGCCCUGGCCAACACAGAGUCCACUUGCACCUGUGCCUUCGCUGCCACCGCUUUUUGUUGUUACUGUGAAUUCUCCUGAAAACCAGAAAAUCCCAGAAGCUCAGAGCCCCGCUUUAUCAUUCAUGCCACAGUUGUCCCAGUUCUUUGUACUUCCCAGAGCUGAAUCACCACCACAGCUUUCUGUAAAUGAUGCUGUAAAACAGGUUCAGUUUCAUCAGAUGUCAAAGUCACCUUCAUAUCAGGUUCCUGUUUACCCAGAAUUCCCUAUGGUACCUGGAACUUUCCAACCCAUAACCUCAUCUCCUCUUCCUUCUGCCACUAGCACAGAGACUCCAGUAGCUGCACCUGCAGCAGUGAACAAGGAGAAUCAUCAGCUUUAUGUACCACUGCAGUUCCCAGGGCUCCCUCAGCACCUUUUUCCAACAUUCCUUAAACACCCAUUGCCUUCAAAUGAUGACACGCAAGCUGUUGAGCCCAAAUCUGGAACUGAGGAAUUGAAACCACAACACCUCCAUCCACAUAUCUUCCAGUUCCCCAUGUUGUAUUCUUCUCUUAACUAUCCUUCUCAGGGACAGAAUGCUUUCAUUCCAACUCCUGUGCCUGCUCCAGCUACAAUCCCAGCCAAUUCAGGUCCCACGAAGACAAUCGUAUCUUUUGAAAACUCAUUUUAUCAGCCACACCCUUACAUACCAGUGUACUUCGUUCCUGAACAGGCGUCCAUGCCUGUGUUUCUUCCACCUCCACCCAAUCCUCAGGCACAGCCAGUUCCAUUGGAUCAACACAAUCACAAACCCGUCUACCAUCCGAUGCAAUCGUUUUACCCUUUCCUCCCCGAUCAGAGACAUAUGGCGCUCACAGGAAGCUGA